UCAUCUUUGGCUGAUUAUUCCAAUCAGAGGGGUGACUAUGACGUGGGUCCUCAAGGCGGUCUCUCCGUCUCUGAAUUUUCCGCAGCCACCAAACACAACCAGAAGGCCGCCUGUGACGUCACAGAACACACAGCUAACUGCACGUUCAGAAAUCUGACCAACGUCCCGAACUCGACUCAGUUUCCGGCAUCUCUGACUUGGCUUGACCUACAUAAUAAUUCAAUAAAUGCGCUGAUGGACUUUGCGUUUUCCACUUUAAUGAAUCUAGAAUGGCUUGAUCUGUCCCGAAACAUCAUUGUUUCCUUAAGCGACGGGUCAUUCUCAGGCUUGGCGAGGCUGAAGACAUUGAAUCUAAGUUUCAAUAGUUUGACCAUGAAGGACCUAACAUUCCCUCAAGGCGUGUUCAUACCGUUGAAGUCGCUCAAAGUUUUAAGACUCAAUAAAAAUAAUCUUGGCAUUAAAAAUGGCACGGGUCUUAAUUACCCCGACAGAGCCCUGUCAGCACUGGCCAACCUGACCUAUUUAUCCUUGGACGGGAUACCGAACAACACGUUUGGGCCAGGGUUUCAGAACAUGACGUCUCUCAGAAACCUGUCGCUGACAGACUACUUAGAAGGCGAUUGCCACAUGUGGUCGCUGUACAACACAACUUUCGUCAACCUGAGCAACCUUGAAUAUCUACAUCUGGCAGACUGCUUUAUCAAAGGACUUUUGAUAGAACCCGGGGCCUUCUCCCCUUUAAGAAAGCUCUAUUUUCUUGACCUCACACACAACGAAGACAUAGAUGUUCAACAUUUGGCAAACGUUUUCUAUGGACUCAAGGAUACAACAACUUUAAAGAUACUCAAAAUGGAGUUGGUCGUAAACAGGUAUUCGCUAGGCAUUUGUUUAGAGAGUAGGUACAUUAACCAUUUCCCACAACACCUGGAAGAGUUCCACGCAUCUGAAAACAACCUCGAGGCCGUCGACAGGCAAGUCAUUCCAAUGCUGUCUCCGUCCCUAAAAAAGCUAAACGUCACCGGGAAUAAGUUUGUUUUCGGGACAUAUCUGCAAGACCUUCGAUUGAUGGCGAAUUUAACUGAAAUCGAUUUGAGCGGGGGCAGUUUUACAUACAAUUUACCAUCGCAAUAUCCAUUUCAGAUCCCAAAGUAUGACGCCACAAACAGCUGUUCACUUUACCAAAAGACCCUCGAAGACGCUCAUAAAAAUCCAUUUGUGUUUAAUUUACCACCGAAUUUGAAAUCGAUCAAGAUGAACAAAGCUGGUCUUCGUUACACUCUCUCUGGCCUAAGAGUCGGAAAAAAUUCCCUUGAGAGAUUAAGUCUGAAGGGAAACUAUUUCCCUCAUCUUCAAGGGCCACUCUAUGGGUUUGAUAGGCUCCAGUAUUUGGAUCUUUCUUCAAGCUUUAUUAAACGGAUUGAACCUGACUUCUUUGUGACCUUGACGUCAUUGAAAUACUUGACCCUGAGCCGCAAUCAACUUGGAAACAAUCUGGCGGACGACGCAAGCUCGGCAAAAGUGUUCUCCCCUUUGACCAAUCUUCAGCUCCUGAAUCUGUCCUUCAACGCCUUAACGAAUCUGCCUCCAAACAUUUUCAGAAAUCUUACAAGCCUAAGGGUACUUUCGCUGGAGAAGAACUCAUUGAUCGAUUUCAUUAUCGACCUAUCCAGCUUGAAAAAAUUGCAGUACUUGGAUUUGAAAGAGACGCGGAUAGCUUCGCUUGGUGCGGAGACACGAAGACAAAUCGACGCUUUGGUUCAAAUGAACAUUUCCGUGAACAUGCAGCGGAACCCGAUCCUUUGCGAUUGCUCGAAUCAGCAAUUUCUUGAAUGGAUGACCUCAUCAGAAGCGUUCAACUAGGCAUUCGACGACUACAACUGUGUCUAUGAAGACUCCUCCCAUAGACAAGUCAACGACAGCUACGUCAGUGUUUUGAUACAACUUGACCGCACGUGCACAACUCACGUGACGUUGUUUCUUAUGGUAGGCGGGGCGACUGUUGCUGUGUUUUGUUUCAUUGCGUUCGCUGUCCUUUAUCGAUUCCGGUGGAAAAUCCGAUACAUGUAUUACGCCGCCUAUUUGCAUUACAAGAAAUCCAGCAGAGGUGGUAGCACUAAGGAUUACCGGUACGAUGCGUUCGUUUCGUACGAUCACGGUGAUACGAAGUUUGUACUACGCAAGCUUGAGCCAGAGCUCGCAAGCCGAGGUCUCAAGCUCUGCCUACACGGCAGGGAUUUCUUGACGGGAGAUUACAUCGCUUCGAACAUCAUCAGGGCGGUGCGUCACAGCAGGAAGACGGUUGUCGUCCUGACACGCAACAUGAUGCGGAGCUACUGGUGCGGCUACGAGAUCCAGAUGGCCAACAUGGAGAGCAUCCACACGGGCAGACAGGUGCUCGUCUUCCUGCUCAUGGAGAAGAUACCCACGAGCGACCUCGGCGUGGAGCUGCUCUACAACAUACGGAACAACACGUACAUCGCCUUCCCCAAGAAUGACCUUGAUAAUGGAAGUUUUAAUAUUUUUUGGGAAAAAUUUGCCAAUGACAUCAAG